GCGGCUCUGAAUUCGAGGCCUGUGAUUGGCUGUUGCUAAUAAAUCUCGGGUGGCAGCAUCACCAAAAAAACCGGAACUCGCUGAAGUCCUCAGAGCUCAGCGAAGAUUCAAGCGUCUCAGCUGUCUGUCAUCUAAAUACCAAAACCAGACAUGUCUGACUUCUCAGAGGAUCAGAUCAUGGAGUUCAAGGAGGCCUUCCUGUUGUUUGACCGAACAGGUGAGGGGAAGAUCACCUACAGCCAGUGUGGUGACGUGAUGCGAGCCCUGGGACAGAACCCAGUCAAUGCCGAAGUGCUCAAAGUCCUCGGAAAUCCCAAGUUAGAAGAAAUGAACCACAAGAUGCUGGAUUUUGAACAGUUCCUGCCAAUGCUUCAGGCCAUUGCUAAGAACAAGGACCAGGGCUCCUUUGAAGACAUCGUGGAGGGCCUACGUGUCUUUGACAAGGAGGGAAAUGGCACAGUGAUGGGAGCAGAGCUGCGUCACGUCCUCACCACACUAGGUGAGAAAAUGACAGAAGAAGAGGUGGAGACUCUUUUAGCGGGACAUGAAGACGCCAACGGCUGCAUUAACUAUGAAGAACUCGUCCGGAUGGUGAUGAGUGGUUGAGGGUUCCAGAAACACACUUCCAGCUUUAACUUUAUUCCUGAAUAUUUUUUUGUAUUUGCUUGUGUUGUUUUGCCCUUCCAUCCAUGUCGUCCUACCUCCAACAAGUCUGUGUUUUGUUGCUGUAGACUCCUGAUAUUUUUUUUUUUAAGUGCCUUUUCUGUCUAAUGUGAAGAGACCGUUUCAUCUAACUUUCCAAACAUUAUUCAGCCUCGCAGGCACAAUCAGCAGUAGUUCCCCCUGUCAGUCUUGUCAACAGUUUGUUUUUCUUUUGGAUGGAUAUGAUAAUGUGACAUGUUACACUGAAUAAUAUUGAAUAAAAAUCCUGGUUUACAAAGCA